GUUGUAAUAAAAAUGCGGUAUCUGUGCGUUUUUUCCUUAACACUUAUCCUUUGCUGCCUUUCAAUAAAGGCUCAGAGCUUAAAUUGCACCAGGCUUCGAGAAAAUUGUCGUCCUUGCACCCGCCGCUUGGUGGAUCCUAUUAACGACCUGGAAUUCAUUAAUAGCGAUUGUAGGGAGAAACUUAGAGGACGUUGGAUUUGGCGGGAUGUAAGGCGUUGUGAUAUGCAAAUUGUUGCGUGCGAAAAUCAUGAAACCCGACUGGAUUGCGAGAAUGUGGCUAGACUAACAGGCAUGAGACGGAUUCGUUGAUUUUUCUUAGCUCUUGAGAGAAAUUUAAAGCUAUUUGUCUUUUUAAACAAUAUUUUUAGACAUAAAUAAAGAAUUAUGUGUGUACGAGCAAUGU